AUGAAUAAUACCAAUGACACAAUAUGUAAUACAUGUCAAACAAGUGAUGGAUUCAGUUCGACUGAACAACGCGGACUUAUCAUCUUGGUUGUUUUGGUAUUUAUAAUUCUUGUAUCAUGCUUUACGGGUGUUCUAUGGUUUGGCUUUCGUACUCGCACUCUGCCAGCUGUACGUACGAAUGUUAAUAUGGGUAAUCCAACGUAUAACAAUGAAUUAUUCAACGGCGACAUUGAAGAUGACGACGCAGAAUUUACGCAGAAGAGGGAUUAUAGGGAGAACCCAACAACAGAGCAUUAA